GAUCCGGCAUACAACCCGGCGGCGACGCCCGCCCGGAGCACCGGCCGCGUCUCCACGCCAGGACGGCGGACCGAGCGCCACCCGUUGCGUAUGCCCGGAUCGCGAUUCUCGGCCAUCCCAGGGACAUACGGCAGCAUCCUAGCAACGCCGCCCCAGCACGUUCCGUCGUCGGAUGUAGCUUCGUUCGAGCUCCCGGACCCGGCCAUCGACCCGGCCGUUGACUCCCACGACCACCAACUUUCCCCCAAAGGACACGGCCCCCACAAUGCGUCCCCGCGAAUUCCCUCCCCCUCCGUGUCGCGACACGGUAGCACCAGGACCAUCCCGGCGGGGACAACCGGGCCAAGUCCCUCCCUCAGACGCACUGCCACGAACCCAACGGAGAAAGGGAACCCGGGCCCGUCGACCACCAGAACAUCCCAACUUUUGAAGCGAGUCUUCACCCACCCGGAUUGGGAAUCGCCGGAGAAGCGGGCACAAGCAGGCGGUUCGAUGGGGGAGUAUGAGCGGCGGCAGGAUGAAUUCAUGGCCUUUCUGGAUGGCGAACUCGGCAAGAUCGAGUCGUUCUACCAGCUCAAGGAGGAAGAAUCCACGGCGCGUCUGGCCGUCCUUCGGAAGCAACUGCACAUCAUGCGGGACCAGCGCAUCCAGGAGGUCCUGGGCAAGGCCCAGGCUCAACCGCAAGGCGAUGACAAACCCCAACCGACGGGGUUCGGUCACUUGGGCGGUCAGCGCAUCAAGGGCGCCUUCACAGGUCGUCGGAUCGGGAAGAACUCCAAGGCGCUCGCGGGCCUGGCCAACCCGGCGGCCUUCCCGCCCCGAGACGCGGAGGGUGCCAUGAACCGCAGCGACUUCAACCGCCGAGUGCCAGUAGAAUCGCCCAACACCGAGGUGUCCUACCGCUCGGCCAAACGCAAGCUGAAACACGCUCUGCAAGAAUACUACCGGGGCGUGGAGUUGCUCAAGGGAUAUGCCUACCUCAAUCGGACGGCCUUCCGGAAAAUCAACAAGAAGUACGACAAGGUCGUCGACGCUCGCCCCACCAUGCGCUACAUGUCCGAGAAGGUCAACAAGGCGUGGUUCGUGCAGAGUGAAGUGACGGAGAAUCUUCUGACGGCCACGGAGGAUCUCUACGCCCGCUACUUUGAACGCGGGAACCGAAAGAUUGCCGCCUCCAAGUUGCGGCGCACAGUCAAGAAGACAUCUGACUACUCGCCCAACACCUUCCGCUCCGGCCUUCUCCUGAUGGCCGGCGUGCUGUUUGGGAUCCAGGGUUUGAUCUACGCCGGCCAGCACUUCAAUGGUUCGGAUGCUACCAUCAAAAUGCAUACCAGUUAUCUCCUCCAGAUCUAUGGUGGCUAUUUCCUUAUCGUCUUUCAUUUCUUGUUGUUUUGUCUAGACUGUCUGGUCUGGACGAGAUCGAAAAUCAACUAUGUCUUUAUAUUCGAAUAUGACGCGCGAUAUGCCUUGGAUUGGCGACAAUUGACAGAAGUAUGACCCACUGCAGUUCCUCUUCCUGAUGCUUUCUGACUCGUGCUAGCUCCCA